AAUGAGCGCAUAUUCCUGUAUGGCUCGGUGUCAGUGCUCAAGGCUGGGACUUAUCCUUACCCGAGGUGGAGGGAACUAAGCCCCCUGGGAGCAACGUCACUCCCUUUGGCAUAUCAACCACUGUCCACUGCAUGCGCCCAAACGCACCACCGACACAGAGGACGUCAGGAUCGCACCCAUCCUCAGCAGCGAAAUGCUCGGCGAACUGAAUGUGAAUCCAGCAAUCCUCCCCGAUUCCGUGCGUUUCGGCGAGGAGGCAUUUGCAUGCUCAGGCACACAAACAGGAACUCCUCGGCGAAGUGGGAAGGUCAUUUAAAGUGGAGAAGAGAGCGCUCGCGUCGACUAUGGUCUGUGGUAAAGGAAUCAGCACAAAGAGCCAACAUCUGUAACUUCGGGAUUUACUUGUAAAAGGCGCUUCUUCUUCUUUUUUUUUUUUUUAUAACUGGAGAUCGUGGAAUAUUCUCUCUAUAAAUAUGCCUGUAAGAAGAGGUCACGUUGCGCCACAAAACACAUUUCUUGGAUUAAUUAUUCGGAAAUUCGAGGGUCAGAACCGGAAAUUUGUGAUAGCCAAUGCCAGGGUGGAGAACUGUGCGAUCAUAUACUGCAACGAUGGCUUCUGCGAGAUGACGGGCUUCUCGAGAUCGGACAUCAUGCAGAAGCCGUGCACCUGUGACUUCCUCCACGGUGACCUGACAGACAAAGAGGCCAUCAGCCAGGUGUCUCAGGCUGUGCUCGGGUCCGAUGAGCGCAAGGUGGAGAUCACCUACUACAGGAAGGAUGGGUCUGACUUUCAGUGCAACAUUCACAUAAUCCCGGUGAAAAAUGAGGACGGCGUGGUGAUGAUGUUCAUCUUGAAUUUUGAUUACGUCUUGGAUGAGGAGAGCGACAACUCCACGGAGAAGAUAAGCCCAACGUCCCCUACAAAGUCAGAUCAAAGGAGGAGCAGAUUCUUUCGCUUCCGCCAGGCCGCUUUGAGCCUAAUGAAUACCAACAAGCAAUCUCUUCCACAAGAGGACCCAGAUGCUGUGAUGGUGGACUCACCCAAAGAGAAUGAGGAUUCGGUGGCCCUGCAGAACUUCCCCUCACCCACUAAGAGCCUUUGCAGUCCCAUUGAGGCCAAUGACACGCAUGGCCUCAUAUGCUCUAGCCACCACUCAUCCCAAGCUAGCAUCGGUCCUGAACCAGUUGACCAUUCGUCCCCUAAACUCCCCUGGGAGAAGCUGUACCAGACAGAGCUGCACCAGACCACCACCACCCUGUCGAACACCUUCCCCAGAGGCAGCAUCAAUAGCAUGAGGCGGGCGUCAUCCGUCCAUGAAAUUGAAGGCUACUCCAAUUCCACUUUCAGGGAUCGUCAUACAAGUGAAGACAAUGGUAGCCAUGUCAGAGCCCCUUAUAAUCACGUGAAGUCCAGCCUGCUCGGCUCUACCUCUGAUUCCAAUAUCAACAAGUAUAGCACCAUCAACAAGAUCCCUCUGAUUGCACUCAACUUCUCUGAGGGGACUGAUAAGAAGACUCACUCUCCGCCAACAUCCGAGACGGCCAUCAUAGCACCAAAGGUCAAAGACAGAACUCACAACGUCACAGAAAAAGUCACACAGGUCCUGUCACUUGGAGCUGAUGUGCUACCAGAGUAUAAACUCCAGACAGCGCGCAUCGACAAGUUCACCAUCCUCCACUACAGCCCCUUCAAAGCUGUGUGGGACUGGCUAAUCCUGCUGUUGGUCAUCUACACAGCAAUCCUCACCCCUUACUCUGCUGCUUUUCUUCUCAAUGACCAAGGGGAGCAGAAGAGGCGUGAAUGUGGAUACUCCUGCAGCCCUCUCAAUGUAGUGGAUUUAAUGGUGGACAUCAUGUUCAUCAUUGACAUCCUCAUAAACUUCAGGACCACUUACGUGAACCAGAACGAGGAGGUGGUCAGCGAUCCAGCUAAGAUAGCAAUCCAUUACUUUAAAGGCUGGUUCCUUAUAGACAUGGUGGCGGCGAUCCCCUUUGACCUUCUUAUCUUUGGCUCAGGAUCAGAUGAGACUACCACUCUGAUUGGCCUCUUGAAGACAGCUAGGCUCCUGCGAUUGGUGCGUGUAGCCAGAAAACUGGACCGCUACUCUGAGUACGGCGCUGCAGUCCUGAUGCUGCUCAUGUGCAUCUUCGCCCUCAUUGCCCACUGGCUAGCUUGUAUAUGGUACGCCAUCGGCAAUGUGGAAAAGCCCUAUUUGGAGCACAAGAUUGGGUGGCUGGACAAUCUGGGCGUGUCCAUAGGAAAGAGAUACAACUACAGCGAUCCCAGCUCUGGUCCCUCUAUCAAGGACAAGUAUGUCACAGCCCUUUACUUCACCUUCAGCAGUCUGACCAGUGUGGGCUUUGGAAAUGUUUCCCCAAACACCAACUCAGAGAAGAUCUUUUCCAUCUGUGUCAUGUUGAUUGGCUCCCUCAUGUAUGCCAGUAUUUUUGGAAACGUCUCUGCCAUCAUCCAGAGGUUGUACUCUGGUACGGCCCGCUAUCAUGCUCAGAUGUUACGGGUGAAGGAGUUCAUACGCUUUCAUCAGAUUCCCAACCCACUGAGGCAAAGGCUGGAGGAAUACUUCCAGCACUCCUGGACCUACACCAAUGGUAUCGAUAUGAACACGGAGGUGUUAAAAGGUUUUCCUGAGUGCCUGCAGGCAGAUAUCUGCCUUCACCUCAACAAGAAUCUUCUUCACAACUGCAAAGCGUUCCAAGGAGCCAGCAAAGGCUGCCUGAGGGCCUUGGCCAUGCACUUCAAAACGACUCAUGCCCCACCUGGAGACACGCUGGUCCACAGCGGAGACGUGCUCACGGCUCUCUACUUUCUGUCCCGCGGCUCUAUUGAGAUCCUGAAAGAUGACAUUGUGGUAGCCAUCCUGGGAAAAAAUGACAUCUUUGGUGAAAUGAUCCAUCAGUGCGCCAAGCCUGGAAAGUCCAACGCUGAUGUGCGAGCCCUGAGUUACUGCGACCUGAGCACCAUUCAGAGAGAAGAUCUGCUGGAGGUGAUAGACAUGUACCCAGAGUUCGCUGACUACUUCUUCAACAACCUGGAGCUUACCUUCAACCUCAGAGAUGAGUCUGCAAAGCCCUCAGGCUCACAAGACUGUGAUUCAGAUGGGGAAGCCGCAAAGAGCCCUAAAAGAAGGAUCUCCUUCACACCAGAUCUGUCUAACGGGGAAAACAAGGAAGUGGUUCGAGACGUGGGGAGGGAGAGGGAGUCUAACUCGUGCCUAAAGAGAUCUUCAGAAGUCCUGGGUCCAUCUCCUACCAGUGCCGCAGUCUUGGACUCAAAUCUUGUCAGAGAGAAUUUGGAGAGAAGACCAUCUUUUGAAGAUCUGUGCUGUGAUAAAUGGGCCUGUAAGAAGCCUACGGACUUCCUGGAUGAGUCAGCACAGUUCCAGGAGCUGAGAGAGGACGAUAAUUCUGCCAGCGAAAUCACGUAUGGAGAGGUGGAACAGCGCUUAGGUCAGCUUCAAGAGCACUUAAACAGGCUGGAGUCUCAACUGAUGUCAGAUAUUCACACCAUCCUGCAGCUGCUGCAAAGGCAGCCGACACUGGGACCUCCGGCCUACAGCACUGUAACUGCCAGUCCGGACUAUCACAGACCUGCCGUGAAGGUUCAGCCCGUUGCUCUGACUGCAAGCCAUUUCUUCAGCCAUACAGGAACUCAAGGCCACAACCUCAAACUGGAGAGGACCGUUCAGGAAUCCAAAGACUCUCUAUCGAGCUUGGCCAACGUGAAUGCACCCAUCGAGGACAGCCUUACCGCAUUGCUUGUACAAAGACAUACAGAGCCACAACAACAACAACAACAGCAGCAGAAGCAGCAGCAGAAGCAGCAGCAGAAGCAGCAACAACAGAUCACAGGGCAUCAACAGUCUGCAUUGAUCUUUCUUCCAACUGAAACCUCUUCCACCUCCUCGUCCUCUUCCUCCCCAUCCCCCUCUGACUCCAACCUCAACAACACUGGACUCCAUAGACCUGCCUCAGACCCAGAGUUUCCAAGGCCAUAAACCUUCGGGCAGCACAGUGUUCUAAUAUCUGGGUUGUAAUGCUGUAAUUACUAAGUAGCAGCUUUUUUAUUUCAUCAGCAUGCUGGCACCUGACAUGGGUAUUGUUAAUUUGCAAUGGCUUGGUAAUAGAAGUAAGAUUUUUUUUUUUCAUUAUGCAUGUGCAUAAAAUACUGUUAACAGCGUGUUAACAAACUGUUCUCGGCUGUUAUCAGUGUAAUAACAAUGGUUACAUAUUGUAACCGUAGUUCUGUCGACACAGAAGCCCUCUGAUGGACUCUUUUAACAUCGUCGCUCAUCCUCACAGAUUUACACGCAACUCUAAAUCUACAUGUAGAUGCCACAACCAAUCAGGAUGAACCUAUUCAACCACACAGAGAGUGGCCCUAUUGGGGCACAGCGCUCUUCACUAAGUCUACAACUACUUAACUAAAUUCUACCUAAUCGGCAGGGAAGCAGGGAUCCACUCUAUUUUUGAUAGAAUAAGCACUACUGUACAACACCAAACUUUAUGUUUCACCCAGGCUUUGUACUCUGAUUGGCUCUAAUGGGCUUCGUUGGCCUUCUUGUGACUCCACAGCUACAUUUCAUGUCCCAACACACAAUUGGUUACACUAGGCUGGGCUGAGUAGCCCACAAGGCUAUAGUCAGCCAUAAUGAGCACUACAUCUGUCCUACAAAUCGGGUCUCGGUACAUUGCGCUGUCACACAAGUACAAGUGCGACAGUCUAACUGCAUUUACAACUUGAUUUAUGGACACAGGAAAAAGGCCUGAAACCUUGAAGAUCAGAACGAUGUGUCCCUCACCCCCCGCCAUCAUUACUUGCAAAGCAUGAGGUGCUGACUGACCUACCUCACACAAGACGGGUUCAGUACUCAUGCAUGAGUGCAUCAUGUGGGUUCCUUCCUGGUGUCAGCUGCAGAGCUGGCUCCCCAACACCCAGGCCCCAGCUCACCAGUCUGUGCAGCAGAUGGAGGAUGGUGAAACAAACCAGGAAGGGCAUACACAGAAUGACUCAAGCCAACUGCUCCUCAGUAUACCCAAGGCAAAGGUACCUGUGGGUGCUGCUGAGCAUGCUUGUCAAGGAUCCGGCGAGAGACCAAAAAACAGGGACUUAUGACAAAAAGACACUCAAAAACCUGUCUUUUCUGGCCCAACAGAAGGUGAGGGUGACAGCAGCACCACAACGUCUCACAACAAGUACUGAGUGCGGGCCAAGAGAAGGACAAAAGUAAGUCAAAGUCAUGAAGUGACAGAAGGAAGACACCAAUCUUUCACUACCAGUACUCCUGUGCAGAAAGUAGGGCAGAGGGGGCAGUAAAAGGUCACGCAGACACACUUUAGGUGACCCCACUGUACAUAUCAGAGAUCUGGGAUUCCAGGACAAACACUGCCGGGAGAAUUCCUGUCCAUCGACUGAUAGAAUUGUGAGAUGCCUUUUGCAUAGUUAACAGUAGAUAACAGCAAUCAUUUCUUUGGACAGGAAUUUGCCAACAACCCUGUCAAGCCUUUCCCCUCUUUUUCAUGCCUGCAGUCUAAAGGGGGAAAGGUUAUCUCUCCAGAAGCUGAGUGUCAACAGAGAGCAGCUACUGUACCACUCACUGCCUAAGUAUGCCGUAGAGAUGGGACAAUGCAAUUGAUCGCUCAGCUUCCGUAACUCCAGAGGCUGCGACUAAAGAUUGUAAAUGCUGGCUAUAGCAGCGCCCCCAACAAUGUCCCUGAAACAGUGCGGUAGGUAUUAGACAAAGACUUCUUGUUCAGGCAGUUUUCACAAGUGCAGGCUGAAAAGUUGGGAGGCAAAAACGUGAGCCAAAGCAAAGACUCUGCACUGCUUUGUGUCCUCAUUGCUCAUAGAACAUGUAUGAGUACCUAAAGGAGCACGUGGAAAAAAAAAAGAUGACACAGCCAUUUCUCCUCCAGUUGCUGAAAUCUUUUUAUAGCGCCUGACUGUGAGGCGCUGACAGGACUAUAGGUGGAAGCACAUGCGGUGAAUUUUCUCUCCUGGGACGGAAGAUCAAGCCACAUGGACACCCUUAACAGUCACUGAUGAACUUGGCCAUUUCUGUUAGAGCCUGUUUGAGUCUAAAGCCUGUGUGCGAUACAUAUACAGACUCCACCACUUAGAGGCCCUGAGCCUGCGUAUGAACUGAUUAUACAAACUAUUUUCUGCAGCUAUUAGUGUAAUACAGCAUUAUCACAAAGGUGCGAGAGCAGUUUCUUAUCCUUUGUUGUAUGCCUGUCUUCUCUGAAGUGUGACUCAGGGGUUAUGGACAAUUGCACUGCAAUAUACAGUACAGUAUCAAGAGUAUACUGUAGUUUUCUUCUUUAAACAAUGUGCAUUAUUAUUGCGGUCACUGACGUGCACCUACUGUACAACGUUAAGCCAACAGAAUACACCAUACAUGCUUGUCUGGGCAGAUAUCAUAACAUACAGAUUUAAGAGUAUUCUGAUGUUUUCCUAGAGCUAGGCCUCUGACAAACAAGUAUGAUGUAGGUAUUUCUACAAGGCAGUGCAUGCGUUUUAUAUCUAUAUAUUUACUGUUUUGCACUGCUUAUGAGCCCAAAGUAGCACAUUAAUAUAUAAAAUGAUGUCAGCAUACUUGUCUCUUUUAGGAUGCACUUAAAGGGAGGGGUGGGUUGGGGAACACAUGGGAAGUUAGUACUUGCGCAUAAACAGGCCCCAGAGAGGGUCUUGUGCCUAUACAACCAAUCCAAAUGCUAAGACUUCAUGUAUAACUAACCAUCAACGAUUCAUAUCGUUUCCCUGUACCGUUUUUUUU